GGAUGGUCGGUCGGUCAUGAUAGAUCAAUAGAUUAACCCUGCUGUGUCUGAUACAUCUUAGAUCCUGCGCGGCAUGGGCAACUUCAACACAACGAUGGCGAUCAUCGGAGCGAUGAAUACGUCCUCGAUCCAUCGACUGGUUCAGACCAGAGAAUUGUUGCAGGGAAAGGAUGUUUGGACGACGUUCAAGGAACUGGAGCACCUUAUGAGCUCUGAACGCAGCUUUUAUGAAUACCGUCAGGCUCUCAAGGCACAGAAGUUGCCGUGCAUUCCAUAUCUUGGCGUUCAUUUGGGCGAUCUGCUGUCGAUCAGCGAGGGCAACCGCGACUUUCGCCAGGACGGAACCAUUCACUGGCAAAAGUUUUGUCUGCUCACAGAGGUCAUUUCGACCGUGAUGCACUUCCACACGGAGUCGUAUGGGAUCCAGCCAGACCCGUUCAUCUCCCGGGUGAUCACAGACACACAUGUUCUGGAUGAUGAGGAGCUGUACACGAAAUCCGUCGGCACCGAGCCUGGGAAGCUGCACCACUCUCGUAGCCUCAGCAAAUUCAACUUUUUUUGAAAAAAAAAAAAAAAAAAAAAAAAAACCAGCUCGCAUCUGUCUCCCAUCAUCCCUCAUUCAUUGUAUAUAUUCAUUUUUGCAAAACAAACAAGCAAACAAACAAAACCCCUCUUUAUCGCCCAGCUAGCACCGUACUGCUACCACAUUCGACACAUCUUCAUUGUACAUUUUUAUACUUUUUAUUAUCGCAACGCCGCGCCUUUGAUCCUCCACACUACUGUUCUAUUCACACGGGUAAGAACCAUCUCUCGUAAUAAACACUAUCCCUUAGACCGUUUCAACUGGAAAGAGAGACAACCACCUAGGAUAAAGUUUAACUGAUACGGCCAGUACAGUUAUUCUUGCU